GACAACUAUAUGAAACGCGUCUCAAAUCUCAAUAUAAUAUUAUGUUUCGUGGCUACUCGUAAUAGUUAUACGCCGUCAUCUUUGAAGCUGUUUUCAUAUUAUACUCGGGACAAUAUAAUUAUUAAAAUGUAAUACAUUGUGUAAGAAGUUACACGAUUUUUCUUUCAUGCCGACUAUGGAUUUUCAGUGAUAUCUGGACCUAGGUAGUCUUCAAACUUAAAAUGGCAAGUUCCUUACACGUAGUCAUUACGUGCCUGAAGUUGCUCCUAUUGCCAUCCUAGUGAGUGGAGUUAUUCAACCGAUUUUGAGGUGCACCGCAAUUGGUUGGCCACGACUUACAGUUUGCCUGUAUCCCAGUGGUAUUCAGCUAAACAUUCGGAAUGGACAAUCGACUAUCCACCACUGUUUGCAUGGUUUGAAUACUUCUUGGCUCAAAUAGCUGCCUUUGUCGAUUAUGACAUGUUAUCGAUACACAAUCAUAACUACUCAUCAGAUGCCACUAUAUUCUUUCAGCGGUUUAGUGUCAUCAUUACUGAUUUUGUGUUUUAUUACGGAUCUCGAAAAUGCGCUCAGUCAAUUGUAUUACUUAUGAAAUCUACAAAGAAUAAAAAGAAAAAAUAUUUAGAUGAAAGUAAAAUUUCUGUAUUUGUCAUAGAACUCUUGUUAACAGCUAAUGUUACAUUAUUGCUUAUUGAUCAUGUACACUUUCAGUACAAUGGCUUUCUUUUUGGUAUUCUACUUAUAUCAAUAUCGCACAUUCUAAAGGGUGAAAACUAUCGUAGUGCUGUUUGGUUUACAAUCCUGUUGAAUUUCAAACAUAUUUAUUUAUACUUAGCACCAGCAUAUUUUGUUUACUUAUUAAGACACUUUUGUUUUAAAAAAAAAAUACGAUUUACAUUGAUAAGACUUAUAAACUUAGGUUUAAUUGUUCUCUCUGUAACUGCUAUUUCAUUUGGACCUUUUAUAUUCAAUGGUCAAAUUUCACAGGUUUUUAAACAGCUAUUUCCAUUCAAACGAGGUUUAUCACAUGCCUAUUGGGCACCAAACUUUUGGGCCUUGUACAAUACAGCUGAUAUUGGUGCUAAAGUUAUAUAUAAAGACUAUGAUUUAAUAAAAAAUAAUAAUUCAGUAUCAAUGACGAGAGGCUUAGUUCAAGAGUUCGAACAUACUGUUUUGCCGUCAAUAACUCCUCAGAUUACAUUUAUUUUAACAAUUGUUUUUAUGUUGCCAUGUUUAUAUAAACUUUGGAAAUCCAAUAGUAAUCCAAUUGAUUUUGUUCGAUGCCUUGUAUUAUGUGGUUUGACUUCAUUUAUGUUUGGUUGGCAUGUUCACGAAAAAGCAUUAUUACUAGCUGUCAUACCAUUAACACUUCUAAUAUUUACUUCUACAAACGAUUGUUCCAUGUUUUCAAUGCUAUCAAUCAUCUCUACUUAUUCUGUUUUUCCAUUAUUGUUUAAACCGUUUGAAUUCAUUACUAAAUCACUAUUACUUAUAGUUAAUGUUUCAUUUUUGUAUAACACUGAUAGAUUUAAAUCAUUGAAUCGUAUAGAGAAAUUGUAUUUAAUAAGUCUAGGACCAUUAUUGUUGUUGACCGAUGUUGCAUGGAUGGUUUUAAGAUUUGAUCAAAAAUAUCCAUUUCUCCCAUUAAUGCUUACUUCAUUCCAUAAUAGUACAGGUGUUUUUUAUUGUUGGAUAAAAUACUACUUAUAUUAUAUUUGCCAAUAAAUCCUAUAAUUUCAAGGA